UGUCGCACGCCCCCACGUAAAAAUGUCGGCGCUUAUGUUCGGGCAAUUACGGGCCCAUCUCUCUCGGGUGCGCCACGGCGCAUACUUCGUCUCUGGGUCACAUGAUGCCUGUCAUGGCCGCCUCCGUGGCCUGGGGAGGCGUGAAUGCUGGGUUCCUGCUGCGGGCGGCCAGGGGUGCCUGGUGGUGCCGACCCGGGGGCUUUUGGGGGUCCGGGGAGGCGGCGGCGGCGCCUGUGACAGCCAAGAAGUUCCGGGCGACAGGCUCGCGCCCGGCGGGGGAGGAAGAGGCCGGCGGCCCCGAGCGGCCCGGGGACGUGGUGAACGUGGUGUUCGUAGACCGGUCAGGCCAACGGAUUCCGCCCAGUUCAUGCCUGCCUCAAGGCCUUCGCAUUUGCCGUUCCAUCAGAAGUGCUUUCCCACCAGAUCUUCUGGCUCCUUCUCAUCCUUCAGGUCCCGAUGUAAAUGUCAUCUUCCUGACAGUCUUGUCCCCCUCGGUCCAACUAAAGUCCCCAUGCCCCGAUAACUGUCAUCUCAGUGUGUUUUAUUCUCUGCGUAGCACUUCUCAUUGUUUUGUUUCCUUCUUUGCCAUCUCUCCCCAGAAUCAGAUCAGAAACCCUGUUUGCCUUGUUCACACUUAUCUGUUGCCUGUCAUGGUAUUUAGACGUAACAGGUAUUAAAUCAGUAUUUGUUAGAGGAAAUACAAUAAUAGCAGACAUUACUUUAAGCCUGUUAACACAUAUUAACUGAUUGAAUCUAUUCCAUGAAAACUUUAUGCAGGAGGGGAGAAUAUUAUCCUAUCUUAUAGGUGAGGAAACUGAGCCUCAGGUCGAGCAGACCUGGUCCAAGUUCAAGUAAGUGGCAAAACUAGAUUCAAGCAAACCCAGCCUAUUUUAGCCACUAAUCUGUGCUGCUCUUCUAUGAAUAUUGAACACUUACUGUGUGCCAGGUAGCAAUGUAAAAAACAGAUAAGGCCCGUGUCAUUUCACACCAAUUUCAACCUAAUAGGGACAAUAAUCCCAUGCAUAAACAUGUAAUUAUAUCAUGAGCAACUGGGAAGAGCAAUCUUUUAAAAAGUGUACAGGGGGCUUCCCUGGUGGCGCAGUGGU